CAUCACACAGAUCGAGCACCUGCGUUCUAACGCGCACCCAAGCUCGAACCCACAGAUCGUACGAGCCGUCCGGUCCAAGAUGGCGUCGCGAACUUCCGUGCCCUCCCUUGCGCUCCUCCUAGCGCUGCUGCUCUCGUGCGCCGCCCAGAUGAGCAGCGCGGCGCGGACGCUGGAGGAAGCGGCGGCGCCCAAGGAGGAGGAGCCGGAGUUCCCGCCGCACCUGCCCGUGCCGGAGCUGCCGGUGCCAGAGCACGAGCUGCCCCCACUGCCCAAGGUCGAGCUGCCGCCCAAGCCGGAGGUGCCCACGUUCCCGGACGUGCACCUGCCGCCGUUCCCGGAGGUCGAGCUGCCGCCCAAGCCGGAGAUGCCCACCGUUCCCGAGUUCCACUUUCCGGUGCCGGAGGCUAAGCCAUGACGCAAAGCGAUAAAGCAGGCUGCAUAAUCCAUCGUGUCGUGUGUACGAGUUCUGUUCGUGCCCUGUGCUGUUCUUGCUACUCGUAAGCUGUGUGCCUGUGUUGUCCCAUCGUUCCUUGCACCGCAUGGUGUGCUGCUCGUGUUCUUGGUGCCAGCUUCGUUUUCCAUCGAGUGUGCUUCAACAAAUUCAGUUCACGCAUGGUUUCGGCGAUCCCGUCUUCGGUAAAUUUGAGCAAUAUAUAUUUUUUUUAAA